CAGUCGGUGUGUCUGCGCCCGUCUGUGAGCACCCACGCGCGCGCUCCUCUUGUUAUUUGUGAGAAAAAGAAAAAGAGAGAGAAAGAGAGAGAGAGAAAAAAAAAUAGAAAUAAAUAAAUAAACUGAUGUGCGUGCAUGCGUGCGUGUGAUGUCCCUGGAAAGAGAGGACACGUGAUCACUUUUUGGACAGACCUUCAUACAUACAGACAGACAGACAGACAGGCGGUGGUUUGUCUGUUCAUGUCUGUGUGUGUUCUGUUGUGACUUUCUUGUUCUGUUGACGUGAGGCGCCCCAGAGGAGAUGGCGUACGAGGGGCUAGGGAGACACCUGGACUUCCGCUCCUUACCUGACCCAGGGGAAAGGUUCGGACUGGAGAAAGUCAUUGCCACGGGGACUUACGGAGAGGUGUUUGAGGCGAUUGACAAGGAGAAUGACAACAGACGCGUGGCCAUCAAGGUGGUGGAGAACAUCAAGGAGAAUCUGGAGGAGGUGGAGGAGGAACACCGGGUCUUGACGCAACUCAGUCUCCACGAAAACUUCCCUGUGUUUCAUGGCACCUUCCUCAAGAAAGCUGGCAACCCCGAAGAUCACCAGCUGUGGUUCGUUAUGGAGUACAUCAAGCUGGGGUCUGUGGCGGAGUUGGCUCAAGCUUACAAGAAGAAGGACGAGCGAAUGCCGGAGGACUUGAUCGCUUAUAUCCUGCAGAACAUCAUCAAGGCGGUCCAACACCUUCACCAGGAGCACGUGAUCUACAGGGACGUGAAGGGAAUGAACGUCUUAAUCACUGAGGAAGGAACCAUCAAACUAGUCGACUUCGGCCAAUGUGCGCACGUGAACUCUACAAUGGAUAAGCGAAGCACAGCAGUGGGGACGCCUUACUGGAUGGCCCCUGAAGUAAUAGAGUGUGAGCAGAAACAAGAUGUGGAUUAUGACAACAGAUGCGACGUGUGGGCUCUUGGCAUCACAGCAAUAGAGUUAGGGGACGGGCCCCCUAACGCUGACGUGCACCCUGUCCGCGCACUGUUCCAGAUAGUGCGCAACCCGCCCCCGACUCUCAAGCGACAUUCUGAUUGGACGCAAGAUUUUAACGACUUCAUUGCUGAAUGCCUGGUGAAGACGCCUGACCACCGCCCCGUGAUGGUGGAAGUUCUGGAGCAUCCUUUCAUCACCUCCGUGCCAGAAGACCCCGCCGAGGUGAAGAAGAAGCUGGUGGCGGAACAUAAGAGACUGCUCACGCCAGACUACCAGAAGGAGCGGCCCAUGACAGGCAUCGCAAGACAGGGAUACCUCAAGACUGAGAGACGCGGGAUUGCCAAAAAGAUGGUGGUGGAUGACUUGGCCAGCCUCGAGAUGUUCAAUGACGAGGUGGUGCUGGACACUCUGUACUCUCGCUGGAAGGAGGGCAAGAUCUAUACCUGGGUGGCUGACGUCCUUCUUGCAGUCAACCCUUUUAGUAUGAAGGCCAAGUAUGAUGAGGAGACACAAGUUAAAUAUAAGUCAAAAACAAGGAGCCAGAACGAUCCCCACGUGUUUGCCAUCGCUGACCGUGCUCACCAAGACAUGAUGCACAACAAGGAGCACCAAACCAUCGUGCUGUCCGGGGAGUCAGGCAGCGGCAAGACCUUCUCCUUUCACCAAGUUGUCAGUCAGCUGUGUUACAUUGGCAUGAGCAACCCAGGCCUUAUCGACAAAAUCAAGAAGGUCUGCGUGAUUCUGGAUGCCUUUGGGAACGCCGUGACUCAGCUGAACAGUGACUCAACACGCCACGCUCGCUACUUCGACAUUACCUUCUCCAAGACUGGCAAGGUGUCCGGAGCUCUGGUGUGGCUCAUGAUGCUGGACAAGUACAGAGUCACGGAGAGAGGCAGAAAACGAGGUAACUUUCACAUUUUCUACUACCUCUACGACGGGCUGUCUCAGAGUUCCCGCCUCUCUCGCUACGGGCUCAAGCUGGGACGCAAGUAUCAUUUCCUAGCCAAACACCCUUACGAUAACGAGGUGUCGAAUGCCCAGAAGUUUACCAAGGUGGAGGAGGCGCUGCAGGUGGUUGGCUUCACGGACAGGGAGUUGCACACGCUGUAUUUGGUGCUGGCUUCAAUUCUUAUCCUGGGCAACAUUGAUUUUACUGGCAGCCAUGAAGCGGCCAUCGUAGACAAGGAACCCGUCACAGAAGUGUGUCGCCUCCUGGACAUCGAGGAGAAGAAGUUAUGCUGGGCUCUGUGCAACUACUGCCUCGUGAAGCCUGACCAGAGUGUCGAGCAGGCCAAGAAGACACAGGAGGAGGCUGAGCUAGGGAGGGACGCUCUGGCCAGGGCUUUGUAUGCUAGACUGGUGGAUUGGCUCGUCAACAUCAUCAACGCCAAACUCACAGUCACCAGGCUUGUUUUUGGCGACCCUUAUGCUAUUGGGGUUCUGGACAUGUUUGGCUUCGAGGCGAAUGAUUACAACACUCUGGAAAAUCUUUUGGUCAACGUAGCGAACGAACAAGUGCAGUAUUUCUAUAACCAGUAUAUUUUCAACUGGGAAAUGCAAGACUACUCCGAGGAAGGCAUACCUGUUAAGAACUUCACCUUCCCAGACAACAGACACAUACUGGAGAUGUUUCUGGGCAAGAGUCACGGAUUGUUUGCCUUGAUGGAGGAAGAUAGCAGGGACGAGGCUGGCAGUGACUCUUCUCUGUCUUAUAAGCUGAAGCAGAAGGCAGGCAACAAACAGCUUCAGGCGGUCUCAGAUUACACCUUUGCUAUUGCUCAUUAUGUAGGAAGGGUGAAGUAUGACAUAUGUGGCUUUGUGGAGAAGAACAGAGAUCAGGUGUCGCCCGAGCUGAUCCAGACACUGCGCAAGUCGGCCAACGAACAUCUGCGCACUAUGUUCUGUAAUAAAUUGACCAAGACUGGGAACCUUACAAUGGAGAGCGAGGAGACCAAGAAGGCGAAGAGUACAUCGCAAGCUACUGGGAAGAAGAACUCGAGGCGAUUCAAUACCAAGUCGAAGGGUCGCAUCUCUCAAACCAGGCACCCGCAAACUCUAGGCAUGAACUUCCGCUACUCACUGAUCGAGCUGCUGUACAAACUGACCAACUCGCAGCCUCACUUCAUCCGCUGCUUCAGGUCAAACAUGGACAACUCAGGCAGUGUGUUUGACCGAGACAUGAUCAAGCACCAAGUGAAAUACCACGCUGUUUGUGACACUGUGGCCAUUAGACAGCAAGGUUUCUCUCACAGGAUCCCAUACCAGGAGUUCUUGAGGAGGUACCAGUUCUUAGCCUUUGAGUUUGACGAGACGGUUGACGUAACGAAGGACAAUGCUCGCCUGCUGUUAGUCCGCCUCAAGAUGGAAGGUUGGGCCAUUGGGAAGGACAAAGUGUUCCUCAAAUAUUACAACGAGGAGUUUCUGUCCAAGCUGUAUGAGACGAGUGUGAAGAAGAUAGUGAAGAUUCAGGCUAUGAUGAGGGCGUACAUGCAGAGGAAGAAGAAGAAGAAGCCAGUAGUGCAGGAAGAGAAAAAGAAGCCAGUGAGAGAGAUGACACAGGAGGAGGCGGCCACUAAGAUACAAAGCAACUUCCGUGGGUUCAAAGCGCGGCAGGAGAACCCAGAGAUUGCCAGACAGAUCAGGGAGAGGAGGAGAUAUGGCGAAGCCACGGUGGAGGGCGAGGCGGCGCGUUACGUCCAGCAUUACUUCCGCCGCUGGAAGAUGCGAACUCUCUUCCAGCAACUUCAGAUCUACAGAGCAGACAAACAACAGCAGCUGGUUUACUUUUCCCAGCAGGUCCAUCUCUACGGGCAAGAGGUCCAGGCUAAAGAGCAAAGAUACAACCUGCGCAUUGACUUGGGCCACGUACGAAAUGAGGCUCCAGGAACACAUCAGAAAAUUUUGCAGAGGGAGAAAGUGCCCGCGCCAAAACUAGCACUGGACCACAUGAUCAAUGCUUACUUUGACACCACCUACCUGUGCGAUCCGAGCAGGGCCAAGAAGGGCAGGCAACAGGACGAUGACUGGGAGGCGCCCUUCAAGUCCCGGGCCGCUGCAAGCAGGGCUGCCAACAUGGGCCUCGCUGACGAAGCAGGAGCAGGAGCAGGAUCAGUAGGGCCGGGACGCAGGGACUUUGGGGCCGGUGGACACACGCCUAUGGAUGUACGCUCCAGGACGGCUAUGUUUGACCAGGGCCAGAAUAACAACUCCUCUUACAACUCCAAGCCAGAGGGCGCGUCGGGUUACAACAGGUUCGCAGGGAGCAGUAACAACAAGCCAGCCUCGAAUUAUAACCGCUUUGCAGGAACCACUUCCCCAAAGUCUCCUGGACCCUACAACCUGCCCACUCCGAGUUACCUGAAGGCCUCUCCGACUCCCUCUGUGCCUGUCAGUUCCUGGAGUGACAGACAGCAUAAUGGAUACAGCGGCAGCACUACGCCAGAUGAAUCGGACCAAGGCACACACGACUUCAGGAAACACCUUCGCAAAACAGGCAAUCGUUCAGACCACCUUCGGGAGAUGACUGACAGAGCUGGGACCAACAACGAGGGCGUGUUUAACUUCCAGGGCAUGUUACGCAAGACAGGCAACACGCGUCAGAGUAUGAAGAGAGGUGAUGGUGAUGCUAAUGGUGGUGGUGAGAUAUGCACCUCACCCACACUCUACGAGGAGACGGAGGAGGCCAUGCUGUAGUGGUGUUGACUGGUGAUGACGUUAUGGUGACCCGGUGGUGUGUUGGUGGUUAGGUUAGGUUAAAUGAUUGUUUGAGGUCCGUAAUGUGUUGCAAUGUGCUUAUUGGUGUUGAUGUGGUGUUGUGGUGUUGCGGUGGUGUUGUUUGGUUAGUUUAGGUGGUGUGGUAAUGUAUUCUAACCUAAUGUAAACUAACUCUAAUUGUGCAGAUGGUGGUGUUGUGGUGAUGUGGUGGUGGUGAUGGUGGUGGUGUUGUGGUGUGGUGAUGGUGUUGAAGAUUAUGCUGAGGUGGUAAUGCUGGUGGUGUGAUGGUGUGGUGGUGGUGUUGUGGUGUUGUGGUGACGGUGUCGAGGUGAUGACGGUGUUGUUAGUAAGCUUAAUGAAUGGUGGUGAGUAAUUUGACCUAGGCUAACCUAAUAAUAGUGAUGAUUGUCCUGGUGAUGUUGUUAAUGAUGGUGAUGAUGGUGAAGAACUGAUAAAUUAAUCUAACCUAACCUAACAAUGAUGAAUAUGAUGAUAAUGGUGAUGAUGAUGAUGAUGAUGAUGAUGAUGAUGAUGGUGAUGAUGAUGAUGGUGAUGAUAUUGGUGAUGAUGAUGAUGAAUAUAUAACCUAACCUUCUCUUACUUAACGAUAUUUUAACUUUAUUGUCACCAAACGUAAAUUUUUUUAAACUUUUCAUGUUCAACGAAAAUUAAUAUUUAUUUUUCUUGCAUUUUUUUUUUUUUCUUUUGAGAAGAAAAUUUUGAGUCAAGAGGAAAAAAGAAAGAAGAAAUUUGAAAAAAGAUAGUGAUGAAAACUUUUAUUGUUUAAAGUUAUCGCUCUCUCUCUCUCUCUCUCUCUCUCUCUCUCUCUCUCUCUCUCUCUCUCUCUCUCUCUCUCUCUCACACACACACACACACACACAC